GUUUCGGGCAGUGCCGGGAAGGGACACUUCACAACACCGAUUCUAUUCAUACAUAGGAAAUAUUUAUACAUUUCUAUCUCACUCACUCGUAUUGAGAAAUAAUUAAAUGAAUGGUGAACGAGCGAAAUAGGAACACGUUCGAGUGGAAAUUAUUAUGGGCCAGGCCAGGCCAGUCGCCGUGUAGUUGCCAUGUAGAUUUUUUUAGUGUGGGUGUUUUGUCUCGAUUUGUCAAACGCUGCAAUGCAAUGAUUAUAAUUUUCAAGUGGACAUAAAAUUGGUGCAGAACGUUAUUUACUUAUUCUAAUCGUGGAAUUUCUCGGUGCAAGUGUAAAUAUUUCUUAUUCUUUGUGACGGUGAACGAUUAAUGUGCAGUGAAGGCAGAUAAUAAAUUGGUGGGGGGCUUCCGAAAUACUACGACAGCAGGAUAGUAACAACGUUUUACAACUUUAGAGGUGUUCGGAUUGCUCAUAAAAUUUCUCAUCUCGGUGCGGGCGAGGCGGACAUCCAUUUUGUUUUAUUAUGUGGUUUAAUUGUUUACAAUGUGCGUCGUGCUCGCGACAAUGGAAAGCGACGGUUAUAAUUCGCAAGCAAUGAGCGACCCGUGGUAGCGGCAAGGUGAUGCAGCGGGCUCACGUGGGCGGCGCCUUGCAGCCGCAGCCGACCGCCCCUCGGCCGCUCUACCGCUCGCAACACCUCUACCCAGACAUUGAUGAACAGAUACCAGCGUCUGUAAUCAGCAGUGUCGGGACGGUGAGCUUGUCACAAUCUACGACAAAUCCGACGCCAAACAUAACGAUGGCCAAUCCAACCAACCUAGGCAAUGCGAGCAGUAACAACAGCCAAGCGCAGCAAACACCACCCGUACAGGCUCCUGUGCGGAAUCUACCCAAGAAGCGAAAGUUCAAUCCAUCCGAGUUGGAGGAAAUAGAGCGGAACUGCAUGACCAGUAUACCCGAAAGGACGUGUAUCACUGUGUCCGUAUCAGCUCCUCCGCCAAUGGAAUACACACCGCCAACAUACCAAACAACAAUUCUCCAACCAUCGCCAAUAGUCCAACGUUCUUCGCCACUCGACUUCCAUUAUCCAAACAUCGACCUAUCCGAAUGGCGGGACCAUCGAAUAUUGGCCAAGCAACGUGGGCUGUACAUACCAGGGGUUAUACGGCAAGCUGACGGCUGCAAAGUGGUUGUGGAGCUGGAUGGACAGGAGAAUGAACCAAUCGAGUACAGUGAUAUAUUUGGUGGGAACAAGUACGAUGUGAUCAGUGAUGCGAGCCCUCAGCUCAGUCAUUUGUUGAUAGGAUCUCCUUGUGUUGUGAGGACUACGGACCUGAGCCGGGAAAGUGUGCAAAAUGUGUUUGUUGAGGGACUUGUGUUUGAAGUGCUCAGUUCGCCUAUUAGGAUCAGAGUUAAGCAGGUGGCAGACGGCGAUAACAUUUGCAAGGAGAUGGUGGAAGUAAAACGGGCGGAUAUUCGUCUCUUACAACCGCCGUGGGCGGACGAGCUCGAAGACGCCGGGUCGCACGCUUCGCCCGCGCUGAUGACGCAGCAUAACAUGAGGGUGCAUCAUGUGUCUUCUGGCCCGUACACGCUGGGCGGGGACCACUUUGUGACGUCAUCGCCGAUGCCGAGCUCACAGAUGGUGACGGUGGGCGCGUUGUCCAACGGCUCGCGGCCGUUCGACGACUACGGCGAGAGCGACGACGACCUGCCCAGCGAAAACAUCAUGUUUCCCACGGACUCGUCGCAUAUGGAUUGCAGUAAUAGCAAGCGAAGUAGUCUACAAAGUCGAGGCAGUACGUCCAGUCUCAUUGAAGGCAGCCUCACACCACGAUCUCAACCACCUACUCCUGGUUUUAGAUCUCAAGCGGCAACUCCGCACAAAUACAAGAAAGGCGACGUAGUGUCAACGCCUACCGGUAUAAGGAAGAAAUUUAACGGCAAGCAGUGGCGACGGCUCUGCUCUAAAGAUGGGUGCACGAAGGAGAGCCAAAGGAGAGGAUUUUGUUCAAGACAUCUUUCUCUUAGAGGGGUUACGAGGUCUUCUAACACUCCACUGGCACAAGGGUCUACUCAUACACCACAACAAAGAAGCAGCAGCAAAUCCCUGUCCUCAAGUGGUACAGGCGUGGAAGGGGACGAGACAUCGCGGGAAUCUGACACUACUCCGCCCAAUUACCGGGUCACGGGCAGGUUCGAUCCCGAUGAGACGGAAGCUGCUAAUAUGCUGGUGUCGCUGGGCAGCUCGCGGUCGGGCAGCCCGGGCGCGUCGCCCGUGGGCGGGUCGCCGGUGCUGCGCGGCAACGUGUUUGUGCCCAUCUCUUCGCCGCAACCGCCUCAUGCCCCGACCUAUCAUCACCUUAUCAGACCGGAAUUAGUGCGACCAGAUAGAGUCCGAUCGCCAGUCGGUGGCGUGGCCACCAGCGUCAUACGAGUAUCACCGGCGCCCACUUAUCACUAUCAGGUAGACAACCGCAACGGUCCAUCUGGGCUACAAUCAACACAGCCGAGCACGAUAGGUCUCCAACCGUCUAUCAACAUUCAAAGCACUAUACAGAGCAAUCUAAACGCGCCAACAUCCAUACAAUCAUCCCUAAACCUACCAUCCAGCAUCUCAAUCAUAAACAGCAUCAACAGUCAGACUCUACAAACCAGCAUCGCAUCUAUACGUAGUAACAAAGUCGACGAUAUUCCCCAUAACCUAGUCGUCCAUCGCAUGCCGACGACGAACGGCAUCGACUUAGACCACAUCUACAGGAACCCGUUACGACGAAACGGUAUACAAGACCAGUACAGACGGGAAACAGAUUCGUCGCCGUUGAACAACCAUGAAAAUUUUGUGAAUAGACGGGUCUCGGAGUAUGAGGAGGAGGACCAUUCGGUGCCUCAGAACGACCACACCGGCCGUGAUCCGCGGUCUUUAGAACUCUCCGAGGCUCGCUUUCUGGAAGACAAAAGGAUCAUAAAACCCGCUCCGAUACAGGCCCGGCUCGUUUCGCUCGUGGAAACCGAUAUGAAAGAACCGAUGAAGAGAUUCUAUGUGCUGCCAUCGAACAGUCUCGAUAAGAAAAUCGUGUUCAUAAAGAACGAACCCUCUGAAACGAUCCAAAUUGAGCACAAGCAGCACCAGAUGCCUCAACAGUUGAACAACAAUGAACCUGAGCCCGAACAACGCACCAUGGAUAACGGCGAUCAUGUAAAUAACGUAAACAGCAGUGCAGUGAUUGUCCAUCCAAGUCAGUUACUCCCAGUGUUGCCUCCACCUACUUCUCACACAGCUAUUAUUGUCUCAACUAGCGGUGUUCCCAACGUGUUUCCGUGGCAGUCUCUCGUGCCACUGUUCCGUGCGAGCUCGCCCCCCGCCGCGCCGGCCCCCGCGCCGCCCUCGCCCCGCACGCCGCGCACGCCCCACACGCCGCACACCCCGCACACGCCACACACACCGCACACGCCGCACAUCAAGAGUGAAGACCAGAUCAAGACUGAAGAUGGCGCAACGUCAAUGUGCACGGAUGAAGACGACGAAGUGUUCGAGGGUGAGGAAAGUGGCGGCACCAACGGUGACAACAACAACCGACGGUCGCAGAGCCUCUCCUCCCUCAACCAGCAAGCUGCUGGACAAGAGAAAAAGGAGCGUCGUAUAAGGCGUCCUAUGAACGCGUUCAUGAUAUUCUCGAAGCGACACCGACAAGUGGUCCACCAGCUGCAUCCUAACCAGGACAACCGCACCGUCAGCAAGAUACUGGGCGAGUGGUGGUACUCCCUCAAACCUGAAGAGAAACAGCAGUACAACGAGCUGGCCAGUGAGGUAAAAGAAGCUCACUUCAAAGCGCAUCCAGAAUGGAAAUGGUGUAAUAAAGAUCGACGCAAAUCAUCCAGUAGCAGAGACCCCACUGGCUCUAUGCCACAGAGUCCCCGCACGCCGUCCGAAGGGCCGAAGCCCUGUGUGCCCACGAGUGGGGCGGAGAUGUCUGUCAGUACGCCACAGUACAACCACGUGGGAUCGCCGCAGCUUAGCGACGACGAACCGAUGCAAAUAAGCCAAACAAUAGACGAGCCGGCAGCCCCGGUCCAGAACAUCGAGAUCGAUCUGAAGUGCGGCGAGAAAGUCACGGACUCAGACUCAGAGGGUCUGGACACCCGUGAUUAUCUGCCGCACCACGACCACACGAGGCGUCCUAAAGCUAUCAAAGCGAGAGCUGGGUCAUCUGAUAAUCUGCUUGGAGGCAUCACAGCUUCGAGCCCCGGUGGUUCGAAAGUAUUCCAGCCUACUGGUGGGGCUUUCAAAUCCACACAUGCUGAUAAUGGCGAUAACCACAGGCAAUGGACAGCGUUCACGUCAAUAAACAAGCCAAACAUGAAUCACGUGCCAAGCUCGCCCCAUCUGUCGCAAUCACUAACAACCAACACCCAGAGUCUCACCAAUAGCGUCCAAGGGAUCUCGCUAAGCACGCCGAAUCUAGCGAACCAGACAGCACUAGAUAACGCGAUUGCAUCGAUAAUGAGCCCCACCACUAGUGGUGUGCAAGUGUUGACGGGUUCGUUGUCGAUACCCAGCGCUUCGAUGACGACCACUCCAACGUCCGCUUCACUGAAUAACACGCUGUUGAAAAGUGUCACAUUGGUCAAGAGGAAUAUCGGGGACAAUACCACAGGCCCAAUAACCCUAUCAGUGGACGCGUCAGGCAACCUCGUCAUAAAGACGAGUCAGUCGGACUGCCAGCCUAGUGACCAGCCCCUACACUGUGUCCAGCUGCAGAGGCUCUAUGUACCUUUUGCCACAGAGGCGGAUAUCAAUAAAAGCCAGAAUCAGAACAUACAAAGUGCUCAAUCUGUGAUAGUGUCGCAAAGUAAUAACCACACAGUGCCAAAAACUAAUACGCAAUGGGAUACUCCAAUCGAAGAGGCCCGUCCGUUCCCUCUCGCGCCCACUCCGGCGCAGCUUGGAAGAGCACCUUUACAGAAGAGGCUCAGUCGAGGUACAUCAACGGGCUCGACCGGCAGCUGUGAGCCCAACAUACCGCGUUCAGAGAGUGGGCCCACCACUCCACAUGAAAUAGUUGAACCGCUCCAGUCUCCCAAGAAGAUGGAAAACUUGCCCAGCCCCUCGUCGAAGAAGUGCCUCUUCAAGAAGGGCAAUGAGGAUGGACGGGAUAAGGUGCUAGAGACGGUGAAUUUCGAGCAGAAGUUCAGCACGCUGCCGCAGUUCAAGCCCGAGGCGUGCAGCCCCAGCGCCUGCGUGGUUCCGCGCAGCCCGCAGCUCUAUGUACGCAAGAAGCACAAGAGCUCUCUAGAUGAAGAAUCAACGGUAGUAACGCCGCAGAUUGAAGCGGAGGUGAUCAACGGCAACGGAAUGCCGACGCCGCACUCGUACGGAACCCCGCACAAGCUGGUCGGUAACACGUUCUUCGGACCGGACUUCAAUAUUGACAGCUUUAGAGUGCCCGCAGUGGCUGAGAGCAUGGAGGACAUGUCGCCGCGCACGCCGUGCUCGGGCGCGGGCGGCGCGGGCGCGCGCGGCGAGGCGGGCCACCGCCGCGUGCUGGAGCAGCGCCGCCAUCUCGUCAUGAAGCUGUUCCACGAGCACGGCAUGUUCCCCACCACGCAGGCCACCACGCACUUCCAGGCAGCUCAUACAGACAUAUUCCCGACAAAGACUUCCCUGCAACUCAAGAUUCGCGAGGUGCGACAAAAGCUGAUGGCGCAGUCCAACCUCACACCGCACUCCGAAGUCAACACACCUACCAAUGUAAAUUCUCCAAUAGUGUCCGCUGCGUUGCAGCCAACUUCAACGGCUAGUUAGCGAUGCGGGUACACCAUCUCCAUUGUCGUACGCGAGUAAACUGCUGACGCACAUGACCGAUUUUAUGAUCGGCCUAUUCAAAAAUCGGUUAGUUCCAGAAAUCGGCAACCGACCUGUUCCAGAAAUCGUCCUGUUCUAGAAAUCGGCCUGUUCGAGAAAUCGGUCUGAUCCAGAAAUCGGUACGUUUCAGAAAUCGGCAUGUUUCGACAGUGAAAAUGGAGUUUGGAAAUUUCAACAAAACGAGAAUUUUGGACAAUGAUGCAAAAUCGGAUUACUUUUUUAUAUUCAUAGAUUCGAUAAUUCAAGUGCAAUUACAUAUGAUUCAAUCAAAAUUUCGAUUAAUAUGUCAUGUGGACUAAAAUAAAUCUAAAUUCUAAAUUAUCUCUAAUGUCCAAUAGAAUAAUGUUGAAAAUUUUGCCGAUAAUAUUACUGCCAUCCUUUUAGCAGUCUGCAUCUAUAAGGUUACACAAUGGAGUUGUGAAUGUACGAAUUCUAUAUUAUGAGUACCUAAUUUGACAUAGUUGUUAUGUAAUACACCAGGAGUUGUCGAAUGAAAUGUACAAGUAUACGAGUGGCUAAAGCGGAACGGAGUGGAGCUGUGACCAGUCGUAUGAUUGAUAUAUCAUCAUCUUUUAAUAAGGUGAUUGGUCUGUUAAACAUCGCUCCUCUGCAGGCACCCUUAAACAUUGUUCAUUAGCUCUUUUACAAACUUAUGUGAGAUUUCAAUGUGAAAAAUGCCUAGAUGCAUUUAAGUAUAGCGUUUUAUUAAGGCGCCAAUUGGUUAUAAUAUAAUUAUGUAUAUUAACAAGAAUAUAUUUAAGAAACAAAACAAGAAAAAACAAAUAAAAAUUGCUGAAUUGUGUGCGGGAUGUGUUUGCGAUAUGAGAUGGACAUUGAAUAAGGGCGUACGACCGAUUUUCCAAAUAACCGAUUUAGAAAUCGGUUUCUUAAAAAUGUACGAGAUUGAUUUCUAAAAUAUGAGUCUUCCAAAAUCGGUAGUACGCGCUUAAGCUUGUAUGACUUUAAUAUUUUAUACAUAAAAAAAUAUAUGCACAUUAUGUAUUUCAAUUUUCAAAUGACACAUUUUAUUUUUGGUAGUUGUUGUCCGCGUUUAAGAUUUUAAUGGAUUUAUUAUUUUGUGGGUUAACAAGGAUUGAAGUCAGUCAAAAACACGUACAGAUGUAUUUUGAGGAAAUUAUACAUAUAUUAUAAAUUAUAAUGUUCACGUAGAUCGCGGUCGCGACUUUUUGUAUAGAAGGGCGUAUUUUAUACAUGAUCACUGUGGUGUUACUUCAUACGUUUGGAAUUUCGCGACCAAACGCGGGGAUAAACACGUAAGACAGUAUAAUCAAAGUCAUCGCGUGCGACGAUUUUGUAGAGUUCAAAAAGAAUCUAAGACUAAAUAGUCGGGAUAUCUUAACUUUCAUGCACGAGUUUUGCUGCAAUAAUAUUUUCAACAAGAAGGGGAUUCACAAAAGUUUAAAUUCGAAAAGAUGUAGAUUUUACUCAUUCUCUUUCUUCAAUACUAGCACAUUAAUCAUAUGGGCACGAUCUCAAUACAUUUAAUUGUAUGUAAUUUUUAUAGUCGAUAUAUAAGAUUUUCAUUUUAGUAUUUACUAUGUGUAUGGAUGGAGUAUUUCAUUGGAUAUUUUACUAUUUAAUUCGAGUAAUAAAUAUUUAUUACACUUGUGAGAUAUUUCAAUAGGGAAGCGUUUCAUUUUGCGAUAGAGAUUUCAACCCUAACCGUUGCAUUUACAGUACCAAAUGCUAAAGCAAUAACAUUGUGUACUGUUUUUAUAUACUUUAAGAUGGGGUUUGCAAUACGAAACAAAAUUUAUUUUACUUAUUUUUUUUUUUUAGUAAAGCUUUUCAAAAUUAAAGCAAUAUAGUGGUCGAUUAAAGUUUGAUAAAGUGUAAGUUAUGUGAUCAUAACUUUGGUGCAGACAUAUUGAUUAUUGUUUAAGUCAUUAAAUUGUAUCGUUUUUCUAUUUAUGUUGUGAUGUUGGUCUUCCACAUGUUUUAAAAAAAAAUCAUUUUUAUAAAUGGAUAUCUACUUAUUUAAUUUAAAAUCUUAGUGUACAGUGAUUUAAGUUAAGUGGAGUGGUUUGAGUUAUUGGAUGCCAUGUCUGUUUGUUAGGUCGUCGUCGGACUGACGGAUGCAGAUAAGAAUUUAUAGGCUUGUAGGUUUCAUUUGCACUGUUACAUACUAACUCGACAAAUAGACUUUCGAUGUGAAAUAAAUUUUUACACCUUUAUUUCACAUUCACAUUUAUAACUGUGUCGUGAUGAACUACACUUAUGACGCGAUAGAAGAAAUUUGGAGUCAUACAUUUAUUUUUUAUUGAUAACAUGUACCCGGCGAGACAUUGCAGUUGAACAAUUAGUCUCCACAGGCUAAAAAAAAAAAUAUGACAAAUAAAUACAACAGAGUAGUAAAAAGAACAAUAAAUAUAACGAGCACAAGAACAAUAUCAUUUUAUAU